AUGGAGCCAGGGGGGCCGAGCGAGCCGCCAGGGGGGCCGAGCGAGCCGCCAGGGGGGGCCGAGCGAGCCGCCACUGACGCCACACAUGCCACGGAGACCAGGGAGACUAGCCUCGUCAGUGGAGACUGUCUGGUUCCUCAGUCCAGAGCCUCGGUCAGUGGGGACUGUCUGGUUCCUCAGUCUAGAGCCUCGGUCAGUGGAGACUGUCUGGUUCCUCAGUCCAGAGCCUCGAGCCUCGUCAGUGGAGACUGUCUGGUUCCUCAGUCCAGAGCCUCGGUCAGUGGGGACUGUCUGGUUCCUCAGUCUAGAGCCUCGGUCAGUGGGGACUGUCUGGUUCCUAAGUCCAGAGCCUCGGUCAGUGGGGAGUGUCUGGUUCCUCAGUCCAGAGCCUCGGUCAGUGGAGACUGUCUGGUUCCUCAGUCCAGAGCCUCGGUCAGUGGGGACUGUCUGGUUCCUCAGUCCAGAGCCUCGGUCAGUGGGGACUGUCUGGUUCCUCAGUCCAGAGCCUCGGUCAGUGGGGACUGUCUAGUUCCUAACACCGGCGCCUCGGUCAGUGGGGACUGUCUGGUUCCUAACACCGGAGCCUCGGUCAGUGGGGACUGUCUGGUUCCUAACACCGGAGCCUCGGUCAGUGGGGACUGUCUGGUUCCUAACACCGGAGCCUCGGUCAGUGGAGACUGUCUGGUUCCUAACACCGGAGCCUCGGUCAGUGGGGACUGUCUGGUUCCUAACACCGGAGCCUUGGUCAGUGGGGACUGCCUGGUUCCUCAGUCUAGAGCCUCGGUCAGUGGGGACUGUCUGGUUCCUCAGUCUAGAGCCUCGGUCAGUGGAGACUGUCUGGUUCCUCAGUCCAGAGCCUCGGUCAGUGGGGACUGUCUGGUUCCUAACACCAGAGCCUCGGUCAGUGGGGACUGUCUGGUUCCUCAGUCCAGAGCCUCGGUCAGUGGGGACUAUCUAGUUCCUCAGUCCAGAGCCUCGGUCUGUGGGGACUGUCUGGUUCCUCAGUCCAGAGCCUCGGUCAGUGGGGACUAUCUAGUUCCUCAGUCCAGAGCCUCGGUCAGUGGGGACUGUCUGGUUCCUCAGUCCAGAGCCUCGGUCGGUGGGGACUGUCUGGUUCCUCAGUCCAGAGCCUCGGUCAGUGGGGACUGUCUGGUUCCUCAGUCCAGAGCCUCGGUCGGUGGGGACUGUCUGGUUCCUCAGUCCAGAGCCUCGACGUCUGAAACUGUGGCUGAAAUUGGAGCAGCGUUGUUCACAUGA